CGUUUGUAAUUCGUUACACUUUGCCAGACUCAAGACAGCGAAUGUUAUGUCAACUGUAGCUACUCCGAGGACCGAGUCUCGUCCGUGUCAUCUCUCUAAACGACGUUACAUUGAAUCAGACACGGAGCAAAGUUCAGAACACCUGUUAUCCGCAUUCAAACACCUGGGACGCUUGCGGAGGAACUCUCUUUUCUGCGAUGUUAUACUAGAAGCAGAAGAUGGCCAGAUCAGCGCUCACAAAGUGAUCCUGGCUAGUCGGUGCUCGUACUUCCGAGCCAUGUUCAUGUGUGGAACCCGCGAGAGUUGGGCAACCGAGGUUAAACUUACUGGAAUAUCCCUGAAGACGCUCGACAUUGUUGUCGGGUUUAUUUACAAUGAAAAGAUUCGUAUUUUAGGUGAAGACGUUCAGGGUGUACUAUCCGCAGCUGAGAUGAUGGACCUAGGAGACCUCAAAAGAAUGGCCCUGAAAUACAUGACCUCCCACGUUUCCUCCUCAAACUGCCUUGCUGUGUGGCAAGUCUCUGAACUUUACUCCUGCAACAUCGCCGCUGCAGAGGCCAGAUCUUACGCUCUGAAAAACUUCACGAAAGUGAUCGACACGCCUGACUUCGUACAACUGGAUCCCCAGAAACUCAUGAUGCUCCUGUCAGAUGAUCUACUGAAGGUUCCUGAGGAGAGGGUGGUGCUGGAGGCGGUUACUAAGUGGUUUAAACACGAUGAAACCGAGAGGAGGGACUUCAUGCCUGAACUUUUAAACUCUGUCAGGUUUCACCUAUUUGGAACGAGCGACUUUGUGAAAGCCAUCACGACCACUAAAUGUGUGGAGGCGGUGCCACACCUAGAGACAGCGCUGUUGAACCACUUUGAACCCCUUAAAAGACAAGUCUGCACUGUGCCUGGACCUCCCAGGAACAGGGGACGCAGGAAGAUUGUGGACGAGCUGGCUGUCAUCAUUGGAGGUCAACAAGAAAACUCUAUCUGGUCCAAGACAUGGGGCUGUGAUCUGAGUAGCACGAGUCCUCCUGACAAAGAGGUUAACUCCAGUGACAGUUCCUGGUACUCGCUCCCUCUCCCUCUCACUCAGAGACGCGAUCACGUGGCUAUUGGACGGGGUUGUGACGUCAUCAUAGCUGGAGGCAGUAACGGGACCGACCAUAUCAGUAAUGUUGAGAGGUACGAUGCGUACGUGGGGCAGUGGCAGGAAUUACCGAGCAUGUUGCACACGAGGAACCACCUCUGUGGGGUGGCGCUCAACAACAACGUGUUCGUCGGGGCGGGAACUAACGAUUCUAAUUCUUAUCUCAGCUCUAUGGAGAUGUUAGAUGCUGAAACGAAUAGGUGGUUAGAAGUCGCUAGUUUGGGUACUCCGAGGAGAUCUUGCGCCGCUACCAGCAACAACAAUCAGAUAGUUGUUGCUGGAGGGGCAGGAAGAAACUGUAUGGAUCUGUCCACAGUUGAAAUGUACGACCCUCGAGAGAGAAGUUGGAGAACAGGACCCUCGCUCCGUCAGGGGCGUCGGGGAUUCGGCCUUGUCUCUAUUGAUAAUAAUAUCUACGCACUGGGCGGCUUCACGAGCUCCCCUAGUCUGGGCUACACGUCCUCUGUAGAGCAGUUCGAUAUGAGAGCCAACAAGUGGACCGAGUUCACUGACCUCCCCAUUAAAACGGGCUACUUCGGCUGCGCUGUAACCAAGUCAAAAAAGGUACUGAUAUGCGGGGGAAUGUCGCACAGUCAGCUGCUUGUCUGGGAUCCGUCCUCACUACAUCUCACCACAUACUCCGGACCUCCGCUCCCCUACUCCGGCACUAUUACCGCUUGUGGUGCUAUCUCAUGAUAUCCCUCAACAUCUAGUCAUCCUCUCAUUUAAACUAGUGGAAACUGCUGGAAACCUUUUUCAUAUACUGAGCUUCGAGAUAAACGUUAUGAUAUUUGUGAUUCUGGGCUAUGUAAUAUAAUGUGUAUUUAGAAUUUUAAUGAUUUUAUUUUCGAAUAUCUGAUUUCUGUGAAAUUUGAUAAUAUCUUUUGUUGGACGUAGUACCAUGAUAUCCGGUUUGCACCAUGAUAACCAGUUUAAGAACUUUCCGUAUCACAGCUUAUAAAUACAUGUGAUGCGGUCUUGUGUGUGCUUAACGGCAUUGAAUUUGAGAUAAUGUGUAAUUUUCAGGUGUUGAGUUAAUGGUAGUUUCGUUAUAGUUUUAAAGAUUUUAAUUUGAAGUCCUUGAGUUCUGUAUGUAGUUUAUAAGUAACUCUAGUUUGUUAUGUAGCUGAAAUGUGAAAUCGUACGUCACCACAUUUGCAUAUUUUUGAAUAAUGUGCUUUUGGAAUUGCUCACAAGACUGGGUGUUAAGUCAUUUAAAUGUGUUAACUAGACCGGUAGGCUGGUUUAUUCAUUACAUUUCUUUCAAUUUAGCAUUUCAUUCAAAUAUGGAUGUUUAGCUUCUAUAUAAUUUUGAGUGGAAACCAAUUGUGAAAGACUUAAUUGUGAAUAAAUACGAUCUUACAAUUCAAUGAAACACAUGGUUUUGAAUUACUUUUUAGAAUUAGGAUGAAAUAUUUUCAAAAAAUUUGCAACUGUCCAAAAAUUCCGGGGUUCUGUUCCAUACCGUCCAUCAAUACGUCACCACACUACCUUAUGACGUCACCACACUAUCUGAUGAUGGCAUUACUGUGGUCCGGGUUGCUCCAGCCAACUGAGCAGGCACCACUGCAGCUGUUUCCCUUAUAAGCCACACAGUCUGCAUCGCUAGAGCACCCGCCUGCUGGACCGUCUGAUGAGAUGCACCACUCUAUACUGUUGAUAACACCGUACUCGUUGUUGCAAGUCCCCUUGGGUCCAUCCCAGGCAACAGCUCCCAUUCCGUUACACUGACUCCAGCAUUUGUUAUCACUACACCCAAACAGACACAGGUUUUCAUAGUUGCAGGAGUAGGUGUUGUAGAAGUUCAGGUUGCAUUUUGUGUACUGGUCGUAACACUGCACUGCACCGAUCAGAAGUGUGGUUGCAAUAACCGUAGUCCACAUUGUCAUCUUUAGAUAGAGAGAAGGAGAGUUUCUUUAGAUAGAGAGAUUG